AUGCCUUCGAUUCAGAUACCUACCGCCAUGCCCUCCUCUCCAGACGGACUCCUCCCCUCUCCCAGCAGCAUGUCCAGCUCCCCACGAUCUGGCCGCUCUCGGGGCGCCUCUCUCAACCUCAAGCUCGACCUCUCCAACCUCCCACCGCUGGAGAAGCCAACAACACCCACCAACACCCUCCUCAUCACCGACCUCGACCCCGACUGCUUCCGUCCCGAGAACCUCGCCGUCAUCAGAGACGCCCUCAACAAAACCGCCCCAGUCCGCCACUUCUCCCCACUAAAAUUCGCCGCCCGCAUCCAGGUCGUCUUCUCGACCGAGCAAGAAGCCAUCGCCGUCCGUCGGGAAUGGGACGAGAGGGAAGUCAUGGGCCGCCCUUGCCGCGUCUGCUUCGGCAUGCAAAUAAACCUCGAGACCAUCAACAACAAGGAGGACCAGCACCUCGCCUUGCCCGACGCCGGGAGGCUGUUUUUCAUUUCUCCUCCCCCAUCUCCUCCCCACGGCUGGGAGUCCCGGACAGAGGACGCGCCUAAUACCAUGGUCCACGCGGAGGACUUGGCGGAUGCGCUGGCCAAGCUGAGGCAUUCGAAUGAUCCCAAUAGCGGGGUGAAUAUUAACCAGAGGGGGGAUGUCAGUCCCGUCAGCCCUACUACGCAAGGGGGCGGUCAGAGGACGAAGAGGAGCAGGAGCUCGACCUUGAUCUUCCAGCCGCAGCCUGUGAUUGGGAUGGGAGGGGAGAGCCCGAACUUGCCGUGUGUGACGGUGGAUGACAUGACGGAUGAGGGGCUGGAGGAUGAUGCGGAUGUUAUGGACAUCAGCCCGGUCAAUAUCACGGCGCCAAGGCCGAUCAUGGCGCACACGGCCAGGCCACCAGUCGAGUUGAUGGAGCAUUGA